GAAAGUACAUCUCUGGGAUUUUACUGCGGGCAAAGGGUUGUUAAUGAAUUAGGCUCGGGUUAAAAAACAACAGUGGUUGAUUACUUCAUGUUACUUUUGGUCCUUAAAAGCCCAGCUCCCUGCUGGUCAGACAAAUCCGGCGGAAUUAAGGAAACUCACUGGGGGCAUCCGAAGGGCGCCAUGCUAAAGAAACUGCUUCGGGGUCGGAUGCUCCUCCCGCUGAUCCUGGUCACCGGCAUUGGAGGCGGCUUCCAGUACGGAUUCAACAUGUCUUCCAUCAACGCGCCUUCAACGUUCAUUAAGGAAUUCAUUGCUGAGACGUGGGUCCAACGCUUUGGGAAUUCCGUGGACGGGACGACAGUGAAACUGCUCUGGUGCGUCAUUGUUUCGGUGUAUCCAAUUGGAGGACUGCUUGGAGCCUUAAGCGCCGGUCACCUCUCGGUGAAAUACGGGAGGAAGAAUGCUUUACUGUUCAACAACAUUGUGGCCAUUACAGCUGCGAUAAUCAUGAUGUUCAGCAAGAGGGUCCAGUCGUUUGAGAUGAUUCUGGUAGGCCGACUUCUGUACGGCAUUAAUGCAGGUAUUGGCCUCAACGUUCACAGUAUGUAUCUCGGGGAAAGUGCACCAAAAGAACUGCGAGGCCUGGUGUCCCUGACUCGUGCGAUGUUCGUUGCCUUUGGUAAAUUCAUAGGACAAGUGAUUGGACUCGGGGAGAUUUUGGGAACAGAGAGUGCCUGGCCCUUGUUGUUGGCCUUCAGCGGUCUCCCUGCCCUCAUCCAGCUCGUCCUCCUGCCCUGGUUCCCAGAGAGCCCCAGAUACUUGCUGAUUGACAGGGGUGACAAGGACUUGUGUGUGGACGCUCUCCGCAGACUCUGGGGUCAGGGAGAUUUCUUUGAGGAAGUUCAAGACAUGGAGGCGGAACAAGCCGCAUCAAAAGGCGAGCGAGCAAAGACGGCCUGUGAGCUGUUCCAAGACCGCUCAGUGCGGUGGCAACUGAUCACCAAUAUCAUGCUGACUGUCGCCAUGCAGCUGUGUGGUAUCAAUGCAAUCUAUUUCUAUUCCUCCGAGGUAUUCCAGGAAGCUGGAAUUCCUGACUGGACGAUACCAUAUGUGGUGGUGGGGGCAGGGGCCACACUGCUGCUCACGUCAGUGGUCAGUGGGUUGUUCAUUGAGCGAGAUGGGAGAAAGGCCUUGUUGUGGAAAGGAUAUGGUUUAAUGACACUGUGGGCAGCUCUCCUGUGUGUCGCUCUGCCUCUGCAGCAUCAGUUCACCUGGUUGCCGUACUGCAGCGUAUUCCUCAUUUUUGCCUACAUUUUCAGUUAUGGCAUUGGUCCAGCGGGUGUGACUGCAAUCAUUCCCUUCGAAAUCUUUACUCAGCCAUACCGGCCUGUUGCCUUCAUGAUUAAUGGCUCCUUCCAGUGGCUAGGACUCGUCCUCAUGGGAAUGAUCUUCCCGUAUAUUGUGGAGGGACUGGGUCCAUUCUGCUUCCUCAUAUUCCUGGGCGACUGUUUGAUCAUUGCCGUGUACGUCUUCAUCAUUUUGCCAGAAACUAAAGGGAAAACUGUUCUGGAGAUCACAGGAGAGUUUCGGAAAAUAAACCGGAAGAGGAUGGGGGGCAGCUCGGUGGCAAUUCGUAGAAGACUGUCUCAGAACGUUCCAGAGGUCUUUGUCAUUGCUACCAAACUGUAAGAGGUUAGCAUCAAAAACUGCAACAGAUGCAACCACUGGAAGGUGGUGAGUGAGAUACAGCUCUGAGCUCAGAUCCUUUUGUGGGCUGCAAUUCCAGUCAGUAUGCUGACAUUGUGGAAACUAUUUCUACAACUGGGGUGGGCACUGAGGCUCUGGAUGUUGGAUUUGUUAUAUUUUUUGAAUGGUUUUGGUUGAAAAUAACAAGGCUGUAAUUACUUUGUCUGGUUUCGCCUUUUGCUGUUAGUGGGUUUGAUUCACUCUGUGUUCUCGGUUGAAUUUUUGCUGAGGGUUGUAAGGAGCCUACUGUUAACAUAGAAUAAAGAAACAAAGUGCCUUUUGCACCCUUGGGCUGAGCAGAAGCAUCUUACAGCCUGUCAAGUAACUAAUGUAGGAGGCACAGCAGUCAAUGUGUGCACAGCAUAAACAGCAAUAUGAUAAUGACCAAUCUGUUUUGUUGUGAGAAUCCUGCUGCUCCACGGACUAGUGUUAUGGGAAUGUUUUAAUAUGAUGCAAAAGGGAAAAUGUGCCUCUUUCGUCCUCUGUGCUGCAUUGGAGAAUUAGCUUAGACGGUUGGGUUUGAGAAUGUGGAACAGGACAAAAUCACAGUUUGUAAAUUGAGGAGAGAUACCUCUGCCUCAGCCACAGCAGACAGAAAGGUGACAUGAAAAUGUUACCUGCCAGUGGAGUGCUGUGAUGCUGUUACACAGGUUUUGGUGGUGUCUCUUAAAUUUUAAUAUUCUAAAAGUGUCUGUAGUCUCUAUUGAUUUGAUUUUGGAUUUUGUAGCAGUGUCUCACAGUUGGGUUCAGAGACAUGGUUUCCAUAAAAAUGAGUGUAAAACGGUCAAACUAUUGAACAACUUGCCCAUUAUAUCGUUUAGGGAGGGAAUUUAGUGAGCACAGUCCCACUCGGUCUCUUCAUUGCCCUUUGCCAUGGUCUAGGAAGUCCUUGUCUUGGCCAUUUCCAGUAUGCUGUUAAAUGCGAUUCACACCGCACACUCCACAAGCAUUGGCUGGGAGCAGGAGUUCUGGGCUUAAGUAAUCAGCUGGCACUUCUGUUCCACUGCUCCCAGCUCUUAACAUAACACCCUCUGAUUGGACUUUCUGCAUAGCUCAGUGACCGCCCUUUCCAAAGUUCUGCUUACAUUAGUUUCAACUUGCAGAAAGUCAAAGUGUACCAUCAGGAGUGAAAACUAGGUGAUCAAUAUGUUGGAAAAGUCCUAGUUGUUUUCUCCACUCCAGUGCUUACUUUUUGGGAUCUAAUUUAACAUUAAUUGGAGACUUGAGCUGUCUCUCUGGGAUUUCAGUUUACUGCUUAGAUUUAUUGCUCUCUGCGCUUGCUGGAAAGGUUUCGGGGCUCAGUGCCUUCCUGUGAGUUGAUCUGAGGAUUCUGACAAGAUCUUUCUCUAGUUACAUGUGGGCACAGGGAGAAAGUGCAAAUUCCACACACACCACCUGAGGCAAGGCACAAACAUAGGUCACGAGAGCUCUGAGACAGCACCAUUACCUGUGGGGCCGCUGUGCAUCCGGAUUUUAAGUAAGUGACUGAUAUAAAAAGGCCAUUGUGGUUGUAAAAUGGCCAUCUCAAUCAGCAGAUGGGUAUGGUUGACCAGUGAAAAUGAAAUAAUGCCAGUCUUGUUACAAACCUCUAAGCAUUCCGUUUCUUUUUUCUGUGCAAGCCAAAUACCUUCACAACACUAAUACUGCAGAAACAAACUCAUGUUCCUCUCAGUUCACCACACCUAUUAUGGUGAGUUGAUAUGCAGAGGAAUGAUAGUAAAGAUUUUAUUCAUAAUAUAUACAGUAAAUACAAUUGGGAUGUCUUUUUCUCCAUUCAUUCUAUCAUCAAUUCAAUCCAUUCUCUUACAAAGCAUCAAAGCCACUCUGGUAUCCAGGUUGACAAAGAUUACAGUUCUGUUCUUCAUCUUAAAGCCAGCUGGUUGAUACCUUCACCAACAGUAGCUAGGGUUGUUGGAGCACACUGCAAGCUCGUGGGACCAGCCUCAGCAACUCAUUUACGUUGUAAGGGAAUCUCCAUCAUACCUUCAUGGUGAACCUAAGGUGAUGAGUUUACACUGGGACUUCACAGGCAAGUCCUUCCAAAGAGUUCAUAUGUUAGUAUGUGAAAACUGGGAAGGUACUGGCUGAACACCAAACUCGACAGGGUAACUGACCAGAAGCUUAAACUACUUGUUGAUCACGGAGCACUCUAUCUUUUUGACAUUUUCAAGUCUUAUUUAUUUGACCUGUUAAAGAUUGCCUGUUGAUACCCAGUGACCCUUGAUGAGAUCAUCAAAUGGGUGCUAAGCUGAGGUGAAGCCUCCUUUUACAUCAUGCUGUGCUUUGUACUGAUGCAUCUGAUGCACUCCUGAUGUAUGUUCUACAUUUAUUGUUUACU